UUUUUUUAAACCGGAAGUGGUGUUAGUGUCGGUAUUGCCAUAGUGAUUACAAAUUGAAUGUGACAGAUUCAUCUCAAAAUCAUUAAUUUUGCAUAGUUUUUCCUUUCAUAGAACGUAUUAUAUUGUCGUUUAGCUGACACUUCACCAUUAGAAUUCAAAAUGAGCGCUGUGACAACAGCAACAAGUAUGAGUUCAUCUGAGGUACCCAGCAAUGUUGGACCUGGUGGAAACCAACCAGAAAUCCCAGAAGAACUACCAGUCGCAAGCGAAGAAGGUGUUAGAUUUCUUGAAAGUAUUAUUCCAGAGGAAGAUUAUAAAUACCUGAUGUUUGAUGACAAUCUAGCCACUACAUCAGAUACUGGUAAAGAACUGGGAGAGUUUACAGUAUCAGUAGAACCUACUCGAUACAAAUCACAAGACUGUUUCCUCAUCCACGCCAAUAGUCAUGGUGCUAUUGAUGGUGUACCAUGUGGUACAUCUAUCACAGCUUAUGUUGGUCAGUAUCUAGAAACAAUCGAACAACAACAUCAUGAAUAUGUAAAGCUUGAAAACUGUCCACUUGAUAGAAAAACAUUCAUUGUGCAACAAGAUGAGGGUUAUGUUGUAAACAGAGUUAUAACACAAGGGGAGGAUGUGCAACGAUCAUCAAAGACUUUAGAAUUGGAACAAAUGAAAGGAUUUAUCUCUGAAGGAUCAAAUCUACUGUUGCACAGACUGUUAAUAGAGAAAGGAGUAUCAGAAAAUUUACAAUUACUGUCAUUUGAUUCUGAAACUAAUCUUUGUGCUGCUUCUUAUAAACCAUUAGAGGACAGAACACAGACAGUUGAUGGUACAGAGAUCAGGGUAUAUGGUGUAGAGAGAACAAUCAACUCUUUUGUAGAUCUUCCUACCACAUGGCAGUCAUAUUUUGUACAAGAUGGGCAUUUGUCCAGUAGAGUACAAGUUGGAUCACCAGUCACCAUGAAAUUAGUCAAAGUACCACAACUCAUAGAAAGAGAUGAAGAACCACCGAAGCCAGUAUUUGAGAAGAAACCAUUGAAUUGGGAAGAGGACAUGCAGUUAUAUUCUAGAUUCCUUGAUAGAAAGGAGGAACUAAAAGCUGACCAUUCUACCUAUAUCAGAUCACAUCCAGAACUUAAAAGUAUUCUAGCAGACUUUUUACAGUUUCUGUUAUUACGGAAACCUGACGAUGUUGUACAGUUUUGUGCUGAGUAUUUCUCAGCUUUUUCUCAUACCAUGCCAACAUCUACUCCUUAUCUGGCUUCCAAUGCUCCAACACCUUUCCCAGCCAGCAGGACCAACACAAAAAUAGACCAGCUUAGAGCACCUACUCGAUAAAUACAUAAUAGUACAAAGUCAUUUGAUUACUCACUGGUUGUAUAAAUCUUGUGAUAGCAUGUUCUGUUAUCAAGAAUGUUAGGAAAACAACAAUUAUUUCAGUACAAGAAUCUGAAAUCUUGGUUAUUUAUAAAUCUGAUUCAGUAAAGCAAAUCAAACUUGUAUGUGGUGGCUGAAAUUGAUCGACAGACUUUUUUUUACAACAGAAUUAUAAAAUGAGGAACAAUUCUAGAAAUUGAGAUUAUCUGUUUUCUUUCAAUUUAAUCAAUAGUAUUUUUUAGAUAAGAUUCAUGUCAUUUGGAAUAAUGAUGAUUGAUGGGGUAGUAUUUAUACUGUUUGGAAUAUGGGACAGUCAUCAGAAGUAUAUUUUUUUCAGUGCUAAAUAUAUAAAUAUCAAACUUAGAUUUUUCAAAUGAAAAAAUGAGAAAUAUUUGUUCAAAUCUUCAUAAAUUAUUGUGAUGUUAUUAAUGUUUAUACAUGUAUAAGUAAUGCUGACAUAUUUUAUAAAUUACUUGAACAAACACAUAAUAUGCCUUGUUACCAUGUAAGUGCUAAGGCUUUGACCAAAGAUGACAUCAAUUUAACAAAGAAAGUUUCAGUGAAUAUAUUGUUAUCUGUUUUUAUUAUUGUUAUUUUGAAUUAUAUAUAUAUGCAUGUAUAUAAUUAUAUUGUUACAAUGUUCCAAUCAUUGAGUUAUAUAAAAAUAGAAAAUUGAGGGUAAAUUGAAACUUUUAAAAUAAUCAAUUAUAAAAAAAACCUUAAUAUUCAAUAAAGGUAAAUUAAUAUCUCUAAAAUGAUAUUUUUUUCAAGGAACAUCUUUCCUAUCCCUGUAAAUGUAACAAUGCAUAAAACACCCAAGAUACAUUUAUUUAUUUACUUAUAUCCACUCUUUUGGUGUAUUCUGUAUUUAGGAAUCUAUAUGUUAAGAUAUCUCUACUUCAAUAUAAUAAGCCUGUACCAGUAUUAUUUGAAGAAAGUUAUGUUACUUUUUGCCAAUUUUAAAAAAGAAAAAAAACAUAUUGAAAAAUUGAAUUAGUGCAAGUCUAAUUUCAAUUAAUCUAUUAUAUAAUUUACCAACCCGAUUCCAAACACUAUUAUUGUAUGAUAAACAUUUCUGUUGUUUAUCAUGUAUAGAAUUUAUUUUUAAUUCUAUACAGUCAGCAGUUCUCAGCAUUUUCAUGAUUGUAUAUAUUCAUUUAUUUUGAUAUUGUUGACAAUAUAAUAAAGAUAUUGUUAUAAA